AUGGCAACAAGUGGCAUAAAAGAAAUGUCCGAAGAUGAUAAAUCAACUCCCGAUGUCAUUCAAGAGAAACUUCUUCCGGAACAACUCGUGAUUCCUAUACUGCCCCAGGACCAACGUGCUCUUGACCGAAAAAUCCUCCGAAAGAUCGAUCUUCUGAUUCUCCCCAUCUGUGCCCUAAAUCAUUUCUUCUCGGCUAUGGAUCGUUCCGACAUCGGAAAUGCCAAACUUGCUGGGUUCAGCAAAGACAACCACCUCUCUCCCAUCCAAUUCUCGGUCGUCGUGUCCAUGUUCCAAUUCGGCGCCAUACUCUGCCAACCUGUCGGUGGUCUUCUCAUCCUCCGAUAUAUCGAAGCCUAUCUCUUACUGGGCUUUGGAAAUAUCUUCUGGGGAAUAUGCACAGUCAUGCUCACUUUUUCCACGAGCAUGAUUCUACCUAGCAUAUUACGGAUUCUUAUCGGAAUUGCGGAGGGCUUGACUCAGGUCAAUACUAUCUUCUUGACAAUGUGGUAUACAAAGGAGGAGAUGGCGACGAGGACAGGGUUCUGGAUGUCCUUCAGUGCCCUGGCUGGUGCUAUCAAUGGGUUGAUGGCUUGGGGCAUUCAACACAACAUCCACUCAACCACCCUCAAAUCAUGGCAGGUUCUCUUUCUCAUGGAGGGAGCAUUCCCCAUUCUAUUUGGACCACUGAUUCUAUACUUCUACCCAUCCUCUCCAUCGAAAGUGAAAAAAUACUUCUCAGAAGCUGAGAAGGAGAUAUGUAUCGCCCGCACACAACGAGCCGGCAACACAGUCGACAGAGCGAGCAGUAUAAGGGAAGCAGUGCCUGUUUUCCGCUGCCCAGAGACAUAUGGCAUGUUCAUUGCACACUUUUGUGUUAUCUGGGCCGCAGCAGGGUACGGCAAUUUCCUGCCCAUAAUCAUCGACGGCCUAGGUUUCAGCGCAGUUGAAAGCCAACUUCUUACCGUCCCAGUUUGCGUCGUCAGUUUUCUCUCCGUGAAUUUCUUUUGCUGGUUCAGUGAUCGACUUCAACUACGUGGCCCGCUUAUAAUGGGCCUCGCCCUAGUCUCGGUAAUAGGAUUCACCAUGUUGGCUGCACUAUCCAGCGCCAAAGGCCCACGUACCUUUGCCCUCUAUCUGAUCAGUCUCAGUGUUUACCCUUUGAUCCCGCUUACUCUCACUUUCCUCUGUGUGAAUACUGUUGGGCUUUCUAGGCGCGCUCUGGUUAUUCCGAUCCAAAAUGCCUUUGGUCUGCUGGGAGGCCUUGUUGUGAACUAUACUUAUAUACACAAACCUCGGUAUCUUGAGGGAACCUUGGGGACAAUCGGCUGUCUGUGUAUUCUCAUCGUUACAAUCGCUGCCUUGGAUCUCUCAUUUAUCGCUCGAAAUCGGGCUAAAGCUUCUGAUGUCGGUUCAGAGCAGUGGGAGAAGAAUCGUACAAAGUCUUUUGAUGAAUUGGGAACGGAUCACCCAGAUUUCAAAUUCACUGUUUGA